CAAAAAAGGCGCUGCGAACCCUCUCCGAAGGCACAAUUAAGUGUUAUGAUGUUGCCGUAUGAUAGCAUCCAAUAGAGACGUGGGAUUGGCAUUGCCUAAGACAGCCGUUGCUCGAUUGAUCGGACACGAUGGACCUGUUCAGACGCUGCGUUUUACCGGCGACGGAAAGUACUGUUUGACAGGUGGACACGAUCGUUCCAUUCGACUAUGGAAUCCGACUCCUCUUCCACGGGCUCUGCCAAUUCAGGCUUACACGGACGGAUAUACCCACCCCAUAUCGUCUCUUGCGUUGGACCAGAAGUCCAGCACUUUAGUGGCAGCUUCUGGAAAUACCCUAAUAGUUACCGAUGUCGUAACCAAACGUGUGAAACGGCGAUACCAAGGCCACGCUGGGCGUAUUAACGCGGUUGCUAUCAGCGAUAACUGUGAGACUUUCUUGUCGGCCUCUUAUGAUGCAACUGUUUGUGUUUGGGAUGGACGUGCCAGUCGCAGUCAUACUCCCAUUCAAAUUUUUAAGGAAGCCAAAGAUUCUGUGUCAUGCAUGCAUCUAGACCAGACAGAUGGAAAUGCCGUCAUCAUGGCGGGUUCAGUCGACGGCGCAGUGAGAUCCUACGACUUGAGAAAAGGACAAAUCCGGUGCGAUCAAGUUGGGGGUGCGAUCACUUGUAUGGCACCUACUUACGACGACAAAUGUCUCGCAGUGAGCUGCCUUGAUGGAACUAUCCGUUUGAUUGAGCUGGAUACGGGUGAGUUGCUCAACACCUAUUCUUCUCACCACAAGGCAGGCAUGUAUGGACUGGAAUGCUGCUUGACUGCUGAUGACGCAACCAUUGUCUCGGGGUCAGAGAAUGGAGAUGCUGUUUUGUAUGAUUUAGUUCGUGCGACGCCCAUACAGAUUCUUCGGGGGCAUCGCAAGCCCACCUGUACGAUCGCUGCGCAUCCUUCUGUUGCCCAAAAUUCCGUCAUACUUACGGGAAGCUACGAUGGAAACGCUGUAGUAUGGGCGCACGAAUCUUCAUUCAUGAGAUGGGAAGAGUGAUUGUUUCUGUGUCAUGCGGGGACUCAGGACCUAUUCUGUCAAAAAUUUGGGUCUGGAGACAAUCAUACAUAUGAUGAGACAAGCCUCAUCCAUGACCACAGUUCUCCCACCAUCGCUUCGAAUUGGCAUGCUGCUCCGCUUGCUGGUUGAAUUAGCUGGUAACACGUCUCGCCUUUGUGCAUCAAACCUGAUGGACAGGAUGCCCCAGAGAUUUUCUAGGAGAUUAUAGUUCUUGCUUCUCCGUCAAAAAUUAAUGUGUAUGCUUGCUAUGUCAGUAAGCUAGAUGAACAAAGGCAGUGCCUUCGUGGAUUGAUGUAGAGUUACGGUAAAUUGAAAGAACACAAAAUGAAGACAAA